AUGAAGUUUGUAAUAUUUUUUGUGAUAAUUGCCAAUUGUUGGGUUCUAUCAGUUGCUGAAACUGAUGAUGUUGUUCAAAAAGCUUUCAAUAUCUGGCUUGCGAAAUACAACAGAAAAUUUUCCGACAAUUCAUCUUUUACCACGGCUUAUGACAUCUUUUCUAGCCACUACAAAGCAACAUCACGUCAACGACUUAAAUUUUACAGUGGAGAGUCCAAAUUUUUAAUGAAACCAAAUAAAUAUUCAGCUGCUGAUGUCAACAGUAAAGCAUCAACGAGAGGACUUCUGUUAGACAAUGACGCUGAGUUUGCUGCUUUGGUUAAGGAAGAAGCUGCAGUUCAAGGUCGAGUCCUUCCACCUAGUUAUCCACCACCACCAGCUAGUUUGGAUUAUAGAACGAUGGGAUACGUGUCUGGUGUUAAGGAUCAAGGAUUUUACUGUUCCAGCUGCUAUGCCUUUGCAACAGGAUGUGCUCUUGAAGGUCAAUUAGCCAAGAAAUAUGGAAUAUUACCAGACAUAUCUGCGCAAAAUAUCAUUGACUGCUCAUACAAUUCUUCGUAUGGAAACUUUGGAUGUGGAGGCGGCAACUUAGGAUCGUCAUUCAAAUAUAUCGUCAGAAAUCCAGGAGUAGCAAAUGAAACAUUCUAUCCGUAUGCUGGAGCUAGUCAAACGUGUGGCUAUAAUCCAUCAAUGUAUAGUGGAACGGCAAAAGGUUAUUUUUACAUCACUGGCAGUGAAAAUUAUCUGAAGAGUGCAUUAGCGGCUAUUGGACCACUUGCAGUUGGUGUUAGAGGAGACCUGGACUCAUUUUUGUAUUAUGGUUCGGGAAUUUAUGAUGAUUUAAUGUGUAGUGCAAUUAUUAACCAUGCAAUGUGUUUAGUUGGUUAUGGAACGGACAACACUACUAGUCCACCUGUAGACUAUUGGAUUUUAAAAAACAGCUGGUCAACAGAUUGGGGAGAGAAUGGAUAUAUGAAGUUACAAAUAGGAUCAAGUUUGUGUGGAAUUAAUACAUAUGUCGUAUAUCCUACAGCUUAA